CUCCGGUUCGAUUCAGCCCUGCGACAACGCUCUCUCUUCCUUCGCCAUUGCUGUCAUCGACUGAUUUACCAACUCUACUCCACUGCGAUCUAGCUUCACUGUACUCUAUCAGUGUAGUUCGUUUAGUUUCGUCCCCUUCGAUACCCCUGCGAUUCCAGAUCCCUCCGCCCUCACCGACUGAUUCGCUUCCGCCUGGGGCAUUGUAACCACCAUUCGCCAUCAUGUCUUGGGCAGGGUUCAAGAAGAAUGUCAACCGCGCCACGACGCAGGUGAUGAUGAAAGCGGGACAUGUGGAACGAACCAAUGAUCGCGACUAUGAGAUUGAAGAGCGGCGGUAUCGGACUAUGGAGGCUGCGGCCAAUCGUCUGCAAAAAGAAGCCAAGGGAUAUCUGGACUCUCUGCGUGCGAUGACGGCUUCGCAGAUGCGCAUCGCGGAGACGAUAGAUGCGUUUUACGGCGAUGCGGGUACCAAGGAUGGCGUGAGCAGGAGCUAUAAGCAGGCUGUGGAGGAUCUUGAUACCGAGACGAUCAAGGCGUUGGAUGGGCCGUACAGAACAACCGUCCUCGAACCGAUAUCCCGCUUUUGCGCCUACUUCCCCGACAUCAACGAGUGCAUCAAGAAACGCAACCACAAACUCCUCGACUACGACGCCAUGCGCGCCAAGGUGAAGAAGCUCGUCGAGAAGCCCGACAAGGACGCCACCAAGCUGCCCCGAACCGAGCGCGAGACCGAAAUCGCCAAGCAGGCCUACGAGCAGUUGAACGAGCAGCUCUUCACCGAGCUUCCCCAGCUGAUCGACCUCCGCGUGCCCUACCUCGACCCCAGCUUCGAGGCGCUCGUCAAGAUCCAGCUGCGGUUCUGCGCCGAGGCGUACUCGCGCAUGGCCCAGGUGCAGCAGUACCUCGAUGCGGAGACGAGAGAUCAGUACGCGCGGGGAGACCUCGAUAAUCGGGUUGAGGAGGUGUUGCAGGAGAUUCGGGAUCUGAGCAUAGCUGGGACUGUUUAGUUGGCGUCUUUGUUCUUUUAUCGAUCUUUUUGUGCGAUCUGCACUUGGGGGUGUUUGAUUUAUUCUUUUUAUUCUCUUUAUCUUGCCAAAGACGGUUUUCUUGUUCGUUUUUAUACUGAUAUUACUUUCUUUUCACCCGUUGUAUUCGAUGAUAGCUUUGUUUGCGAUGAUAGCAUAUUAUUUUUCUGAUGACCGUGGUUAGUUAUAACUUAUACUACUCCAUCCUAACCUGGCUACACACGAUGUGACAAGGACUUUUCCAGGGCGACAAAUCAUGAUAAUCUAAC